AUGGUGAUGUCGUCGUGCGCGCGCGCGCGGGCGGUGGUGACGCCGACGCGACGACGGGAGACCGCGGGACGGCGUUCGCGCGCGCACGCGCAUUCUUCAAAGAAUCGUCAUCGAUCGAUCGCGAUCGCUCGAGGCGCGGUGGAGGACGGCGCGGACGAGAGCGUCGACGGCGUGGACGCGCGAACGAUCGGGCAAAAGGUUGUUUCUGUGGUCCUGGCGUCGAUGCUCGCGAUGACGCCCGCGAUGAGCGCGAGCGCGGACGACGCGUUGGACAGCGCGGCGAAGGAGGCGCGCGCGAGCGCGGCGGUUGUCGCCGACGCGUCGAAAGUCGCGGAGACGAUGGAGGGUAAAGUCGGCAUGGACGUCGAGUCGAUGUACGCGAAGACGUUGGACGUGGAGUCGAUGUAUGCGCGAGCGGUGGCGGACUCGAAGGAGUUCGUCGAGCAACCGUUGAAGGACGAUAAGGAUAACAAGGAAUACGAAACGUGGCAGUGGCAAAAGCUCGUGACGAGCGGCGGCGGAAGCGGCGCGGCGAAGAAAACUGUCACGCCCAAGGCGCCGAGCGCGGCGAGUGUCAGAGCUGCGGAGAAACAAGCGGAGAAUGCGCGGAGACUUGAAGAGGUCAAGGCCAAGAGCGCGCUCGUGAGCGCCGAGAAGGAGGCGGCGAGGCUGGCGAAGAUUGCCGAGCGAGACGCCAUCGCGCAAGCCAAGGUCGACGCUCGUCGGGCGGCGCAGAGUGAACUUUUCAAGCAGAGAGCGAAGCAGGCAGAAGAAGAGACUAGGGCUAAGCGAGAGGCACGCGAUGCGCAGCGCGCGCGCAACGAGGCGCUGAGAAUGAAAUCGACGGAGGAAAAGCUCGCCGAGGCUGAGGCUUUCCGUAACCGCAACGCGCCGUCGACGAAGAAGAAGUUUAAGGCGCCGGAGCGGUCGGCCGCGACGAAGAAACCCACAACGGAGAAGAAGGCCGCGUAUGCGUCGAAGCCCAAGCCCGCGUCGAAGCCCAAGCCUGUUGAGAAGUAUUCGGGCGCGCUCGAUCGCAACUCUUUCCGUAACGUGAAGAGACAAGAAUACGGAGCCGGCGCCGCCCCCGUCGUCUUCGUCGUCGCCUGCGGUUUGAUGUACUACCUGCUCCUCCAAGAAGAAGAAGACUAA